AUGUCGCUAAAAGUGGAAUUAAAAGACGAGGCUGGGAUGUUGCUAGUGCAGACACCAGGGGAGGAUGAGCUGCUCUUCCCAUACGUAUGGCUGAGGGAUAACUGCCAAUGUAGCAAAUGUUUCUAUCCAGUCUCACAGGCCAGAAUAUUGCUACUAGCUGACCUCAAACUUGAUGACAAACCCAAACACGUAGAGCUUGAAAAUAAUGGUGAGAUUGUGUACCUUGUAUGGUCUGAUGGUCACCGCAGUCCCUAUCCAAUAUCCUGGCUAAAGGAAAGAGCCUUCACGGAGUCAGCAAAGCAGAAACGGAGCAAGGUAUAUCGCAGAACCAAGAAGCUUUGGGGCUCUGAAUUCAAGGACAUACUACCCAAAUUCGACUUUGAAAAGGUGCAGAAGGAUGACAAAGAAUUUUACAAAUGGAUGAAAAACCUUGAAGAAUAUGGUUUUGUCUUGCUAAGGAAUGCUGCAAGAGAAACUGGACAAGUCAAAAAGAUGGGUGAACGAGUGGCAUAUCUAAAGAAUACUCAUUAUGGGGAGACAUUCACUGUUCAGUGUAAACAAGAUGCAAACAAUUUAGCCUUUACCGGGCUAAAACUGGGCUUACACACAGAUUUGGCGUAUUACCACUACGGCCCAGGGAUUCAGAUGCUCCACUGCAUAGAACAAUAUGAGGGUGAAGGAGGAGAGAACGAUUUCAGCGAUGGUUUCUACGUCGCCCAGCUUACAAAGGAGAGGAGCCCGGAGGAAUACAAGACUCUUGAAACGACCCCUAUAGAUUUCUGGGAUGUGGGAGAAGAUGUGAUUAAGUUCCACAAAGUUAUCCCAAAUUAUAUGUUCGGGAAGUCAGGAUUUAAGGUUUUCACUAAAAUGUAA